GGUCAGCGGCUUCCCUCAUAAAAACACGAACAUUUUCUGCGGCCAUUUUGUUUUUCUUGCGUAGAAAAAUCGAAAUGUUGAUCAGUAUAAAUUUUUGAUACACUCCUGUCCGACUUAAAUGAGAGAACGAGAAAUCGAAACUCUCUGAAUAACCAUGGAAGACGUUGAAAUGGAAGACGUUGAGGAUUCGUCAGCUUUUGCUCUGCAAGCAGACAAAUGGAGGAAAGCAGUGGAGGGGGAUGAAGGAAAUGUCGACGUUUCUCAUCGAUUUCGUAGCCUCCUUUACAAACAUUUCUCCGAGACUGUAUUUGAAUGUUUCGAGGUUCAGAAAUCCCCGCCAGACAGCCCAGUUCUCAAGCUUAACAUCAACGAGGACAAAUGCUGCGAUAGAGUUUUCAGAAUUAUGGAAUACUUCCUCUGUGGUGAGGACCCAAAAUUAGGAUAUCCAAAAUUACAACAAACGAACAAUCCUCCACCCCUAUGCGGGAAAAUGUUUAAAUAUGGGGAACCUACAUACUCGUGCAGGGACUGUGGUUAUGACGGGACUUGUGUUUUAUGCAUCGAUUGCUUUCAGAAAAGCAUACAUCGUAAUCAUAGAUACAGGAUGAACACAUCCCUCGGUAGUGGAUUCUGUGACUGUGGCGAUGACGAGGCCUGGAAAGAGGGAGCAUGUUGCAACCUGCAUAAGCAGGGAAGCACAGCUAAUGCUGAUGGGAAUCCUGUUGACAAAUUGUCUGAGGGCUUGGUUCAGCGGGCUUCCCUGUUGUACAUGACCUCUCUGCACUUUUGUAUCGAAAUGAUUAUGUGGGACACUGAUGGGCAACUACCAGAAGAUCUCGAAGUCACGUGCAAUGAAGAUGCAUUCUUCACCAUGCUCUUCAAUGAUGAAGUUCACACAUAUGAUGAGGUUAUUAGGACCCUGCGUGAUGCUUUGCCACACUGCUAUCAUGAGACAGCAUUAAGUUAUGCCAAUACAGUGGACAGAGAGGGAAGAGCAGCUGUCCGCUCAGGAAGGUACCAGCAAUGUGAGGAGUCAAGAAAAGUAAUAAAGCAAGGGACAUCUGGUCCUGGGCGGCUCCCACUGCGCUGUCGUGUCAUGCAUCACAAAGUUGUGGCAUAUCAGCUGUUUUCCCUUCGUCUCUUGUCUUGGCUAAGUAAUAUCACGUCUUUAUCAGAUGGCCUGCGUAGAUUGUUCUGUAACAUUGCCGUUAACUCUGUUGAGGGUGGUUCGUCCCUUCUUGACCAAGUUCUUCUCGCUGAUGCCACCCUGUGGAAAAGUGCAAGGAUGUCUAUGCACAAAGUGUUCAUCAACACUAUGCUGAUCGACUCUGAAGGCAAGAAAUGGUUUGCUGUCCAUUUUGCCAAGAACUACAAAAAGAUGAUGGAGGACUUUGUGGCGGAUGACCAUGAACAUAGCCUCUCUGGAACAUCCUACUCAGUGCAAGUUUUUACAGUCCCCACUUUGGCCCGGAUGCUGGUCCUUGAGCAUGAUAUCCUGAUUGUCAUCAUCGAGACGUUUAUGAAAGAGCUCAACUGCCGAGUGAACGAUGGAACAUUUGAGUUCAGUGGCCCUUUCCAACCCCUCAAGCGUGCCCAGUAUGUGCUCGUGGAUCUAAAGUAUGUUCUACAGCAUAAACCUGAAACAUGGACAGAGAGGCUAAGAGAAAAGUUCAUUUGUUUCCUUGAAGUCUUCUUUACCCUCCUUAAAAUGAUGCAGGGGAUGGACAUGGUCACGCGUAAGACAGGGCAGCACAUAGAGACUGACCCUGAAUGGGAGUCGGCCUUCACCAUUCAACUGCGUAUGAUGCCUAUCUUCACCAUGGUCAACGAUUGGUGUGUUGGCGAUUUGUUGGUGUAUCAAAAUUCCGUACUAGAUGCUUUAAAGGCGCUAUUAGAAACAGGCAAGAAAUACCCUGAGAUGAGCCUCAAGGAUGAAAAAGUUGCCGGACAGACGUACAAGGUCAUCAAGUACAAUGUUGCCAAGGCUCCAGUAUCUAUUCACCUUCCAGUCUCAAGGUUUCUUGCAGGACUUAUCCUUGCUUGUGACAAGUUCAACCUCACACUGAAUGAGCUCUUUAACUUUGAGAAUGAGCAUGACAGGCUCAAACUGUUUCUGGUGGAGUACCCCCUGCGAGCAUUAGCCAUGGUGGCCCAGGUGCAUGCCGGGAUGUGGAGAAGGAAUGGUUAUGCCAUCAUGAAUCAGGUUUACCAUUACCAAAAUGUCAAGUGCCGCACUGAGAUGUACGACAAAGAUGUCAUUAUGAUGCAGGCUGCUGCUGGAUACAUGGAUGCAAACCAUUUCCUUGUGAUGGUGCUGGACAAGUUUAACAUGGUAGACUGGUUCAUGCCAACGUUUGACGAGUCUAAAUAUGAUGGGGACCAGCUUAGUCAAAUGCUAACUCUAGCGGAGGAAGUCAUGUCUCUCAUCAUUGCUGUAAUCGGAGAGCGUUACAUGCCAGGGAUCUCACACGUCACGCAAGCUGACUGUUAUCGGCGCGAGAUCAUCCACAAGCUUUGUAUCAAGCCCUUGUCCCACAGUGAGCUGUUGAAGGCACUGCCUCCUCCGGACUUUGACCUCGAGAAUGAGCGCAGUUUGGACGAUAUCAUCUCAGAUGUCGCUAUCUUCAGAAAACCUGGCGUCACUGGCAAAGGUCUCUACGAACUAAAAGAAGAGCAUUACAAGGAGUUCAACCCGUUCUUUUUCCAUUACACUAGGAUAGAACAGGCCAAGGCUGAAGAACAGCAGAGGAAGCGUGCCAAGAAAGAGAAAAUUGCGUACUGUUGCCCUCCACCUCAGGCGCCUCAGUUCACAAGACCUUUCUGCAACAUCCUGAACCUUCUUAGCUGUGACGUUAUGAUCACCUUGGUAACCAAUCUGCUGACCCGUGCGGGCGCGGGCAACUCUAAGGCACUGAAUGACAUUCAUAUGCAUCAGGUAUUGCACGUAGUUGCUAUGGCCCUACAGGAAGCUCAGACUUGCAGGAAAAGUGGUAAAACGCCCGAGAAGGAUUUCAUCACAGCAGCAAGCACAGAAACAGAAUCUCGACCAAGUUUGCUAAAGUUGCUGGAGGGCUUACAUGAUAAUACUCAUGUCCAGGAACAUUCGGCUAUGAUCGACUGGGUACUUAAGAAAUUUCACAAGGAGCUUGACGCACGUAAGGAAACCGGACAAGCACAGACGGACAGACCCGCGAGGAAGGACACGUCCCAGCUAGAAGAUGAGAAAGCGCGCAAGGCCAGACUUGCACAGCAAAGGCGCGCUAAGAUAAUGGCCCAAAUGUCUGCCCUGCAAAAGGCCUUCAUCAAGGAGAACUCGGAUCUGCUAGAAUCCAUGAAGAUCGACGAUGAGGAAAAUACAUGUGAAGAUACUGGGCCUAUACCUGUCGAUAGCUUGCCCAUAGCCCUAGGGCGUGGCCGCCAACAUGUGGACUCCAAUUCCAUACGCUACCCGCUCGAGAGGUGCAUCCUAUGCCAGGAACAACAGGAAGUCAGCACAGAAGGAAGCGCCGUUGUCAUGGCAGCGUUUGUGCAGCGGUCUAGCGUGCUUUCACGUGUGCGGGGUAUGAUGUUUGAUGAUGGGGAGAAGCUGGACCCUCUGUACCCAGAUGUGACAAACCACUGGGGGGUCCACACAAGCAGUUGCGGACACAUCAUGCAUAGCAUUUGCUGGCAGGGCUUUUAUGACUCUGUGGUAGCUAAGGAACGCAGGGCCCUCAGACUGCGGCAGUUUGUCAGUGUGGAUGUGAAUCGCCAGGAGUACCUUUGUCCCUUAUGCGGCGCUAUAAGUAACACUGUAGUGCCAAUACUACCCGCGCUGACAUGCAGCUCGUCAGAUAGCAGUGCUAUGGACGAGGUGGCGCUUGCUGAGUUCCUCAGCAGUAUGCAAGAUGUGGUCAUGUCUAACGUGGCGCUACUCACGACCGAGAAAACACGGACCGGCACGAGGUUCUCGGCCACGCUCAAGGACAUGAUGACCGUCUACUCGCAGUCUUGUUACACGGUUGGAUUAGGAGUGGAACCGAAUGAGAAGGACGCCCGCGUCCCCGUCAUGGUGUGGUCCGGAUGCGCCUUUAAUAUCCAGAGUCAAGAGAGCUACAUGCGAUCCACCAGUAAACCACUUUUCUCAGGCAUGAACUCUCGUCAAUUGCAGUGCAUCGGAACCUUGACUCGCCUGGCCGCGGUGGUUGGCGGGAACUCGGACUCCAACGUCAUCAGAAAGCACUGUCUACAUCUACUCGCAGCACUAACUCCAGACGUCAUACCUAAUGUGGAGACUCCGUCCAUUCUGGAAAUGGACUUCUUCAAUCUUUUGGUCAAGCUCCGCCUCUCCAUGCCGAGCCUGCAAUAUCAAGAGCCUGCGGAUGAGUCUGGUUCCCAGUCAGACGUGGCUGCUGCCCGUGCGGUCCUAGGACUUGACAGUUCUUCAUCCAUGGACUUGUGCGCGUUCCAGCUCUGCCUUGCCGCUCAACUCGCCAGUGCACUGCUUACCAUUCCUGCCAAGUUAACCGAUGAUGAGGAAAUGGAGCAUUCCGGGAGCAGUGAAGAGGAAACCGGAAGUCAUCUUGGACAAACCGGAAGUAGUAGGGAAGUGGAACAAAUCACUUCUCUGUGGGGGAAAGUUCGGCAGUAUGCAGGGGUCGAGUCGGCAACUGCGCAUCCGUCGCCAUGGCUACUGCGCCGACACCUGCGCUCCAAGGUUCUCCCUUUCCUGCGAUGCGCUGCUCUCUUCUACCAUUUUCUCACAGAGAUCCCCGGGCCUAGUUCCCUCAAAGCUCCCCACCAACCAACUGCCGAGGAGGAAUGGGAGGCACUGUGUCACUAUCUGUCGGUCCCAGUCUCCCUGACCGAGCUGCUGCACUGGAACCAUGACACACUAUCGUUCAGCUCGUCUGUGGUCGCUCUCGCUGUUGAAAGGUGGUGUAGUGAUGACAGGGUCAAGCAGACCAUCGCAGCAAAGGGACACCAGUUCAUCGGUUACUCCACAGAACCCAGCCACCUACUGGAUCUACCUCGUGACUACAGCGAACUCAUCAACAAGGCGUCCCUUUUUACUUGUCCUAAUUCUGAGGGAGACGAGAGCCGUGCGCCCGCGCUCUGCCUGAUCUGCGGUGAGAUGCUGUGCUCACAGAGUUACUGCUGUCAGACUGAAGUGCGUGGUGGGAAGGUGGGGGCAUGUGCUGCGCAUGCUCAGAAGUGCGGUGCUGGGGUUGGCGUAUUUCUACGAGUGCGCGAAUGCCAAAUACUGCUGAUGGCGAACCGCACGAAGGGAAGUUUUUACCCCGCCCCUUAUCUGGAUACGUACGGGGAGACGGACCAAGGACUGAGGCGUGGUAACCCGUUGUAUCUCUGUCCUGAUCGUUAUAACAAGUUGCAGAAGCUCUGGCUGACGCAUGGAAUCGCCGAGGAAGUUGCGCGUUGCCUGGAGUCGAACAGGAACCUGCUCUCUAUUGACUGGACUAUACUCUGACGAGUCGUAAGGGAACAAGUUCUUAUGGAUACGAUAUUCAAUUAGAUGUGAAUGCGGUGUUUGAUUGAGGAACCCUGUUGACUCUAUGUCCUGUAAAUUAGGCGGGCCAUACCUGCUAUAAACGGCAUGGAGUUAACUCUAUUGGUCUAUAAUCUGCUAUUGGUAGUCCAUUCUCGAAAGAGUGCAGUCGGUACUUUUUUUUACAGUGGUGAUCCUUUUAUCAAUGCCUUGGCUACUUUAGGGUGAAAAUAAUUGAACAAUAUCCGGCUGAAUCUAGUUUUUAGGACUGGACAACGUGUAAUACAGUACCUAACCAUGCUUCUAACUUCAACGUCUAAAGCUGAACUCCAAAAUUUUAAUCUUAGCCUAAGUUCGCAAAGUCGUAUCAUCCAUGAGCCGUAUUCAAUGCAAAUUAAUCGAGUCCAUUGUUUCAUCUUUAUUCGCAUUGAAUACGGCUCAUGGAUAAUACGACGUUUGAACUUAGCCUUAGAUAGGCAGAUGUGUUUUACUUUCUGAAAUUGGACUACGAAAGCGAGGUCACGGCAUCUACUAAAGGCUUCUUAGAAUUUCAGUAGGCGAAUCGCACUACGAAUUUACACGGCUUUCUCAGUGGCAAACGCGCGCCAAAAUAAUCACAGAAAUAGCUGCGACAAAAAAAAAACAUUUCAAAUGAAAAUAACCCUUUUUCGACAUAGAAACUUUCUGGCCCAUUCGUAAGCGCGGAAUGACUUGUUUUUGUUGUUGUUAUUUUACCUCCAGUGGCCAGAGCGCGCGAGAGUUUGCCGCCCAAACAGUGCAUGCCUUCUACUAUGAGUUGCAGUGCAAUAAAGUUCAGUAGCACCUUCAUUGUGCUGCUCCGUUGUAUAGGUCCCUGACCAUAGCUGAUGAAUAGAGUAGCAGCUUAAAGCCGCAUUGUCACCAGUUUACUUCCGGUCGAUAAACGUAACAAUCUCCGAUGGAUUUUAACGGAAAACGCGUAAAAUUAUAUCAAAAUUGUGAAGGCAGUGUGUCUAUUGGAAGUUUCUUUGAGGGUGUGAUUGGUAACUUAGAGCGGGUGGCCUGUUUAAUAGCGCGGAUUCUGAUAGAUUUUUAUUUCUCUUGUCGGUUGAGGUUUCCGUCGGCCCUCCGGAAGUAAACUGAUGACAGCUUCCACUGUAAAGCCAUAGAUUAUGCAAUACAUAUCCCGUAAAGGUAUGAUAUGUCCUACCUAGCUCCAAGUGGUAUAGCUAAAGAAAUAAUAAACUGAAUGCUGUAUAA